GUUAAAAUGAUUAAAACAUUUUAAUUCUCUAAAAUUAGCUUUUAUUAAUAUUAUUUCAUUACAGAAAUCGUGUAUCAUCAAACUUUAAGAUAUAAACAGUGCCGCUGAAAGUCUCAUCUACUGCCAUUUGAUUAAUCAUCUAAUUUGUAACAUUUUAUAUAAAGUAGGCUGUAGUUCAAGACUGCCUUCAGGUUAUUAUGUUACUCAACAAAACCAGGUUGGUUGGAUUUACAAAUCAUUCUCGCAACAGCAAUAUGGAGAGCAAUUCCACGUCGGACAUUGUUAUUUUAAGCGGUAAUUCGCAUCCUGAAUUAGCUGACCUGAUCGCAGACCGCCUUGGCGUACGUAAAGGAGGAUGUUCAGUAUACCAUAAAACUAACAGAGAGACUAUGGUGGAAAUUGCAGAUUCUAUUAGAGGCAAAAAUAUUUACAUUGUCCAAACUGGUACUAAGGAUGUAAACAACAAUAUAAUGGAACUACUAAUCAUGGCUUAUGCAUGCAAAACAUCAUCGGCUCGAUCCAUUGUCGGGGUUAUUCCAUACUUACCAUACAGCAAACAGUGCAAGAUGAGGAAACGUGGGUGCAUUGUCACAAAACUUUUGGCACAGAUGAUGUGCAAAUCUGGGUUAACUCACAUUAUCACUAUGGAUCUCCAUCAAAAGGAAAUACAGGGAUUUUAUGAUUGCCCAGUUGACAACUUGAGGGCUUCACCAUUUUUACUGCAGUACAUUCAAGAAAGUAUACCGGAUUACCGUAAUUCAGUGAUAGUAGCUCGUAACCCAGGCUCUGCUAAGAAGGCUACAUCAUAUGCUGAGCGAUUGCGUCUUGGUAUUGCUGUGAUUCAUGGAGAGCAGAAGGAAGCAGAAAGUGAUGAAGUUGAUGGGCGAUACUCUCCCCCAUGCAUUCCAAGUGUUGACAGGUCCCGCACUAUGGAUGUGUCAGUAGGAGUGCCGGUACAUCCCGCUAAGGAGAAGCCACCUAUUAAUGUUGUUGGAGAUGUAGGAGGAAGGAUAGCCAUUAUGGUGGAUGAUAUGAUUGACGAUGUUCAGUCGUUUGUUGCUGCGGCAGAAGUAUUAAAGGAAUGUGGCGCUUACAAAAUAUAUGUGUUGGCAACACACGGCCUUCUGUCAUCUGAUGCACCGCGUCUCAUUGAAGAUUCGCCAAUAGACGAAGUUGUGGUCACCAACACUGUCCCACAUGAGCUUCAGAAAAUGCAGUGUAACAAAAUCAAAACAAUCGACAUUUCAGUACUCCUCAGUGAAGCGAUCAGACGCAUUCACAACAAAGAAUCUAUGUCUUAUCUGUUCAAAAAUGUCACACUUGAAGAUUAAUUUUGAUUAUUAGAUAUAAUUUUUAAAGUUAUUAAGUAAUCCAUUUUAUUGUGUGCAAAUUGUAUUAUAAGAAAAUUAGUAUUUUUGAAAAUAUGUUUUAUAGGAUAACAAAAAAAAAAUCGAUU